AUGGCCACUGCAACGCCAACAGAGGCGUCUCCUAUCGCGCUUGAGCAUGUAAAUUUUGCUGUUUCACCUGACUCACGGCAACCACAGACAACUUCGACACGAUCAACUGCAUCUCUUAACAUCGAAUCAACCCCGGAUAUAACGACCAGCUACCCAAAAGGAUCGAAAUUCUGGUUCACAAUAUUGACAUUAUGCGUGGUCCUCAUUCUCGGAGGCCUCGAUGCGAACAUCGUCGCUACGGCCGUUCCGAGUAUCACCAACCAUUUUCACACUGUCGCUGAUGUGGGAUGGUACUCAUCUGCAUUUCGACUCUGCACCUGUGCAUUCCAAUUCGGGUUCGCGAAGCUCUAUAAGCACUUCUCGAUCAAGACGAUCUUUUUGAUAAGCAAUGUCAUAUUUCUCACUGGCUCUUUACUUUGCGCUACGGCUGCCUCAUCCACCAUGUUCAUUGUCGGGAGAGCCGUGACAGGUCUGGGGUUCUCGGGUGAAUUGGCCGGGUGCUUUGCCAUCGCAGUGCAUAUUGUUCCACUCAACAAACGGCCAGCCUUGAUGGGAUUACUGGCAUGUGUGGAAUCGCUCGCUAUCAUCUCGGCGCCUAUAGUAGGUGGUGCAUUGACGCAGUCGCUAGGGUGGAGGUGGUGUUUCUGGAUCAACCUUCCAAUUGGCGGCGUAUCGCUGGCGACAUUACUUUUCCUUUUCUCAGACCCAAGAGCCCAAUUAGAAGACGACCUUACAAUGGCCCAGAAGAUCAGAGAGCUCGACCUCGUCAGUAAUUGUUUAUUCAUACCAUCUCUCACUGCACUCUUUGUCGCGCUAUCUUGGGCAGGGACAAAGUAUCCUUGGUCGGAUGGAAGGGUGAUUGCCUUAUUUGUUGUAUUUGGCGUGCUCCUCGGCGCCUUCGUCUACAAUCAAUACCGACGCGGCGACUCCGCAGCACUCCCUUUCCGCGUGAUCAAAAAUCGGAGUGUCAUCGCGGGAUUCAUUUUCGUAACUUGCACCAAUUCAAUGACGAAUGUUUUGGAGUGGUAUUUACCGACAUACUAUCAAGUUGCUCGGUCACGGACUCCAAGCGAAAGCGGUUAUUUAAUGAUUCCCAUCCUCGCAGGAAUGAUGCUAGGCCUUUUUCUACAAGGUAUCGGAACUAGUACAUUCGGCUAUUACGCCCCCUUCAUGAUCUUCGCUUCCAUAUGUAUGCCAAUUGCAGCGGGCUUAAUGACGACCUAUACCCUCGAUACAUCACUUACCCAGAUAAUACUAUAUUCCGGCUUAGUGGGAUUCAGCGGAGGAAUAGGCUUUCAGGGUCCCCAAGCAGCCGUUCAAACAAUGUUACCACCUGCAGAUGUCAAUCUCGGGAUCGGAGUCAUUUUGUUCGGACAGAGUAUGGGACCAGCAGUAUUCAUCGCUAUUGCGCAAGUCAUAUUCACGAAUCAACUAUCGUCAAGAUUGGAGAAUAUUGUGCCCGGAUUGACACCGGCGUAUAUUGAAGAACGUGGACUUGGCGAUAUUAAGAAUGGCGUUCCGGGGCAGCGCUUAGAUGAAGUUUUGAGCGGUAUUGAUCGCAGCUUGACGAGUACUUGGUAUCUUCCUGUUGCGUUGGGUUGUAUGACGAUUUUGGGGAGUCUUUUGAUUGAGUGGCGCUCUGUUAAGCAGAAGCAGACAUGA